UUAAAAAUAAAAUUAAAGAAAGAAAAACCGAGAAUGAUUGAUAAUGUUAUUAGAGUAGUCAGCAAACAAUAACAACAACAACAACAAAAGUCAACUUAUAAAUCCAAAUAUGAAGGCCAUGAUAUGUACUAAAAUAAUAUGGCAGUACUGCAAGACAAAACGAUAUGAAUGGUAGAUCCAACAUUGAUAUUCCAACAAGCAUGAAGACAAUACUUAGAGCAUAGCCAUAGACCCUUUUCUCCUAUAGCCAUAGACCCUUUUCUCCUAACAUCCCAGCACUUAGAGCAUACCCAUAGACCCUGUUCUCCUAAUAUCCCCAUAGAAGUGGCAGGGGCUUGGGACUAUAAUCUAGCAGAUUAAUGAAACAAAGAAAAUGGAAAAUCCACAUGUUUUGGUGAUACCUUAUCCUGCAGCAGGACAUGUAAUCCCGCUAAUGGAGCUCUCACAGUGCCUAGUCCAGCAUGGCUUCAAGAUUACGUUUGUAAGUACAGAGUAUAUUCAUGAGAAAGUCAGCAAUUCAUUGGCGAUGAUUGGUGACGAAGGCAACCACCAAGUUCAUCUUAUAAUGAUCUCAGACGGGUUGUCCUUGGAAGAUAGGAAGAAACCAGGCAAGUUUUCUGAAACAAUCUUGCGUAUCAUGCCUGGGAAAGUGGAGGAGCUCAUUGAAGAGAUUAACGGACCGGGAGGAGAUGAAAUUACUUGUGUCCUUGCCGAUCAGAGUCUUGGAUGGGUUCUGGAAAUUGCCGAGCAAAAAGGAAUCAAACGAGCUGCCUUCUGUCCUGCAGCUGCUGCUCUGUUAGUCCAAGGAUUUAGCAUCCCAAAGCUGAUUGAUGAGGGUGUCAUUAACAAUGAUGGAACUCCAAUGAAGAAACAGUUGUCUGAUAUGCCUGCCAUGAAUACAGAAAACUUUGUGUGGACCUGCCUUGGCAACAUGACCCUGCAGAAAAACAUUUUUGGUCUCAUGGUUAGAAACAACAAAUCUAUUAAGUUAGCAGACUGGUUAAUUUGCAACUCAACUUAUGACCUUGAGCCAGCAGCAUUCGAAAUGGCCCCAAAAGUCCUACCUAUAGGUCCACUUCUGGCAAGCAACAGGCUACGAGACUCUGCAGGAAACUUCAGGCCAGAAGACUCGAUCUGUUUGAAAUGGCUUGAUCAACAGCCUCCACAGUCGGUCGUCUAUGUUGCAUUUGGCAGUUUCACAAUUUUUGAUCCAGCACAGCUUCGAGAAUUGGCCUUGGGUUUAGAACUCUCCAAAAGACCAUUCCUGUGGGUUGUGAGACAAAAUAUGACAGAUAAAGUCAAUGAUGCCUACCCAAAAGGACUUCAUGACAGUGUAGCCACUAGAGGACUGAUUGUGAGUUGGGCACCUCAACAGAAGGUUCUCUCUCAUCCAUCCAUUGCCUGCUUCCUGAGCCAUUGUGGCUGGAACUCCACUAUGGAAGGAUUAAGCAAUGGGAUUCCUUUCUUGUGCUGGCCUUACUUUGCUGACCAGUUCCUUAAUCAAAACUACAUCUGUGAUGUUUGGAGGAUUGGAUUGGGGUUUGAUCAAAAUGAAAGUGGUAUCAUUACCCGAAGUGAAAUAAGAAUUAAGUUAGAGCAACUUCUGAAUGAUGAAGACAUAAAAGCAAGGGCUGUAGACUUCAAGGAAAUGGCAGCAAGUAGUAUCAGAGAAGGUGGUAGCUCUUACAAAAAUUUCAGGAAUUUUGUUGAAUGGAUAAGUCAGAUUUAAAUUCAUUCUGUAUGUUUCAACUUCAAGUUUUAUUCCGGUGUUUUUUUCUUUAUUUCUUUUUUAUUUUUUCCAUGAGCAAACAAAUUAAUUUCAGAGGAAAGGAUAAAGAGAAAUACUCCAACCAGGAAAAAUCAUAGGAUGUCCUGCCAAUCAGAAGUGCUGCUAAAAGGUCAACAUAAUUUGAAAAGAAGAUAUUAUUGUACUUAGGCUGCCUGUUCUUUGAACAACAGUUUUGUGUGACGUUUUAUAAGAGAUAGAAUUAAUAAAAUUAUGUGGACCAGCUAAUCAUCUGCAUAAUCACCUCCACAUACAUAGCUUCUUUUAAAAGCUCUUAGAGACUAGAGAAAUGACUUCAAGUCUGCAAUAUGCUAAAAGUACCAAUAUUAAGACAACAGGAUGCUGAAUCAAAAACCUGCUUUGAACAAGUUAGCUACUCUGCCUAUAGAACUUGUGUUGUGGUAACAGGAUGUUUUUGUACUAGUGAAGUGGUCUUCCAAAGGAGGUGCAUUUUAGAUCUAAGUCUUAUUCUAUGUUUUUAAGCGGUUCCUGAUUCCAGCAGAAAUUUUAGAUAACGAAAUUUCUGACAGCAUGAACACUGAUUCUAUAGUGUGCGUUGCCCAACUUAUAACAGCAUAAAGUUGACUUUGUACCAUUAUAUACAGAUACAAGUUGAUGAUGCUCCCCAUUAGCGCUUAUAACAGCGGGCCUGGCUUGCUUUACUGUCCAGACAUUUAAAAGUACAUUUAUUGAUACCUUGAGAUUAUCCUAGCAUGAAUAAUUUUCAGCCAGAAGUGUAAACAAAGUCCAUGGAGACGAACCCAGACUAGCCAGAUAAAGUCUGCCUAAAUAUAUAUAUAUAUAUAUUGCACAAGAAAAAUUCUAAGUCCUAUGUAUAUGUUCAUCUUCAAUACUUACACAAGAACUGAGGAUAGGAGCAGUAUACAGAGAACAAAAAUUAAAAACAAACGGCUAAAAAUUGAAGCCAUUUUCGAGAGAGCAGUAUCAAAACGACAAAGUAAACCCAUAGCAAAAAUCAGUAUCAAAACGACAAAGUAAACCCAUAGCAAAAAUGCACACAAGUCAAUAACAAAAUGAUAAAUAGGAAGAAUGAAACCAAAAAGAAAGAGCCAAGAUUUCAGAUUCCCAAGUCUCAGACACAAAUAACAGCAGAUACCAUGAAGACAACACUUUUAGCAAGAAUUCCUUGAGAAAACCCCCAAUCUCUUAGUAUAUAUACAUGGUAAAAAUUAGUGUUUAGAAACUACAUUCGGGAAACUACAUUCAGAAACAUUCAAAAUCUUAAGUAGAGGAAGUCAAACAUAUGGGUAAUCCACAUAUGUUAGCCAUACC